AUGAUUUCACUGAAGAAAUUGUAUGGGGACGAGCUGCUGCGGCUUGCUCUGGUCUUAAGCCUACUAAAGGUGGACCCCAACGAUUAUUUAGAGAGGGAGACCCAGCAGAUGUUAGCUGGUCUCCAUAUUUCAAACGGAUCCGAUUGGUCUCUGGAACAGGAGGCCAGGACCCUAAUAAGACCAAGAUACGUCCAUCCAAAAUCCUUAGACAACAUACUAAUUAACUACGAGAGACAAUUAUUCGAAGAACUGAACUCCUUAGGACGAUAUGGUAAUCCAGAAACGGAAUAUAAUGAACGGAUUUGGAGUAACAGGGCGCCGAUACUUCAUACAUAUUUAGUUAAUAAUGUAGCGACCGACGCAGUCGCGCCACCGCUCGCCUCGGCGACGGUUACCGAAAAUGCUGAGGAUUCAGUUUCGGCGGACGAUAACGUAGCUCAAGAAGUUAAAGUAGAAGAAGAGGAAGGAGAAGAAGAAGAAGAAAGGAAUCAUGAAGAAAGACCAGACGCAGUUGUUACUCUAUCCGCAGAUUUCCUCCACAAUAGAACGGAAGAAGAUAUUUUCGCUGAAAUAGCCUCAAGGUCUUUUGACGUCAACGAGCUACUAGUACAACCAUCCGAGAUGCAGAUCAAGAAAGAAGAUGAGGACUACGAAGUCCACGUAAAGAAGGAAGCAGAGGAUGACUUGUAUAGCGACAACGCUAUAGAUUUCAUGCCCUUCUUUAGCACAAAGACUGAGAUGGAAUUCGGAGAAGCGAAUUCUGUUUUGCAACAAAAUAUGGCUGACUUGCAAGAGUUUAGCGACGUUGAUGAGGUUAAAGAACUGAAGCAUGAUCUAGAGUAUUUGGACGUGAAACAGCAGCAGGAGAAUUUGGAACAGUAUUUAUUGGAGAACACUCCUUUAGAUGCUGAGGUAUAUGAACUAGCCCCGAUGUUUGAAGAAGAAUUAGUCUUGAAUGUAAAGAGAGAAAGAGCCAGCACAAGUUUCACGGCAAGUUCUAGUGGUGUUAGUGAUAUGGAUGCUUCCACUGAUGGUUUGGAUGUCAAAAUGGAGCCAGAUGAAGGUCAUCACACCGGUGACGAGCUGACACAAGAGGACAUGGAUCUCAUCGAGGUGCUAUGGAAGCAGGAUGUGGACAUGGGAUUUUCUUUGGAGGAUCCUGUGCAACCGGAAGGUCCCACGGCAACCAAAGUGCUUGGAGAUGAGAUUGAGAAGGAACUGAAGCUCGCAGAAGAGAAGAUCGUGAAGAAGAAUGAAGAGAAAGCAGAGAUUGAGAAGGUGAAGGCUUCGUUACUGGACCCCGAGAUUAAAGAGGAUGACCCUUGGGCCGGACUCUCUUACACCGUUGAUACAGAGACAGGUGAAUACGUGAUCCAAGGUGACCUUCCUCGUGAGCUGGUCAGCAGUGAAGAAUCCCGUUUUGAUCUUUUGGAAGAAGCUCUUGGCCUUGUCGAGCUCGGCGAGGAGCCGGAGACCAAGAAUGAACCGCCGGAAGCGAUAGAGGGCAGCAGCAGUGGGUCUACAUCCAGCUCGGAGAUGCUUCACCCGGCGAUGCGGCAUGUGCCGCAUCACCCGUUGGCGCAUUACCAUAAUCAGUCGUUGAUGCGGUCUAUGUCAGUGGAGCAACGCUGGCAAGACCUGGCGUCUCUGCUGACCAUCCCCCCUCCCCCUCCACCGGACCAGUACCAGCACUACCACCACCACCACGCCCACCAGCAUCCUCAUCCACAUAACAUUGCUGCCCACGGCGCCGCGGGCGGCUAUGGCACGAACUACCACGCUGCCAUUCCUCCUGUACCCGAAAAACAUCCUGAAGCCUAUGGAGGCGCAGCAGCACCGCUGGACGGUGCCUACAAGGUGGAAGCGAACCAGCACCCUCAACAACAUGAUCCACUCUACUAUCAGAACGCGUCAGCUGAAAUGGCUGGUCCGACCAACCAGGAUGGGUUUCUCCAGUCUAUCCUGAACGAUGAGGAUUUGCAGCUCAUGGACAUGGCUAUGAACGAAGGAAUGUACACGAUGCGUAUGCUGGACGGCGCAGGACCGCACCAUGCUCCUCAUCAUACCCACUCACACAUGAUGAUAACAGAGAGAGAUUCGGCCUCGGACAGCGCCGUGUCGUCGAUGGGUUCCGAACGUGUGCCGUCUCUGUCUGACGGGGAAUGGUGCGAUGGUAGUGACUCCGCCCAGGAGUUUCAUAGUUCGAAAUUCCGGCCGUAUGAUAAUUCAUUUGGAAGAGAACGGUCUGCGCCUCAUCAGCCACAGAAGAAGCAUCAUAUGUUUGGAAAGCGGUGCUUCCAGGAGCAACCAGCUCCUACCCUAGAUCCUGUCGGUAGACCUGGAGUCGUGAAGUACGAGUGCCCAGAACAGACAUACCACCAUGAUAACAUGCAUAUGCAUAAUGUUCCAGACUUCGCUCCUAGACCACAGCUGGCCCCACCGCACGUGACCAACCUCCACGCCCCAGCGCUGGACCUCAACACUGCACACUCUAGCCAUGCCCUGCUACAGAGCAAUAUCCCGAGCCCGGCUCCGCCCCGCUUUGCGUACGGCACCCCGGAGCGCGUCCGCCACAACCACACGUACUCCGCGCCCAUCGCUGCCAACGACCAACGACCCGCCGCUGUACGGGACAAGAGAGUCCGGCGUCUAACAGACGGUAGCAUGUCAGACGGUGGAUCCUCAGCCACAAGCAGUGGACAGCAUCUGUCCAGGGACGAGAAGCGAGCUAAAGCACUAGUGAUUGCAGGGAUUCCCUUGGAGGUGCAAGAUAUCAUUAACUUACCAAUGGAUGAGUUUAACGAGCGCCUGUCGAAACAUGACCUGAGCGAGGCACAACUAUCGCUCAUACGGGAUAUACGGAGACGCGGGAAGAAUAAGGUGGCAGCCCAGAACUGCCGGAAACGCAAACUGGACCAGAUCACAUCCCUCGCUGACGAGGUCCGCACCGUCAGGGACAGAAAGCAGCGGACGCAGAGGGAACAUAGCUCCCUACUAGCUGAGAGGCAGCGGGUCAAGGAACGAUUUGCAGCGCUCUAUAGACAUGUAUUCCAGAACCUCCGCGACCCUGAAGGUAGACCUCUGUCAUCCCAACAGUACUCCUUGCAGCAAGCCGCCGACGGCAAUGUCGUUCUUGUACCGAAAAUGCCACAGCACCAAGAUCACCCAAUGAAUCGCACUAAUGACGAUGAUAUGGAUAGAAAAGCCAAGAGCUACGACCAGUAA